AGUAAAUAAUUUUAGGCAGGUGGCGCCAUGAGCGGGACAAUGGUGGCCUGGCAGGAGACAGCCGGGCAACGAUGGCUGGUGAAAUACAAGGAGUGGGUGAUCGCCAACCCUCAAGGCGCCGCGGAGGUGGAGGCUGUCAUCAAGUGGGGCUCAUAUAUCCUGGCAGGACGGCUGCAAAACUCAUCCCUGGUGUGUGAGGUGGUGUACGCUGGCUCAAGGCUCUUCGAGAUGUUUAACGACUUCCUUAUCCGUGGCUCCAUGGCUUCUCUCACCCCUCCCUCACCACAGGUCUGCGGCAGGCUCAAGGUGAUGUUGUCGGCCCUGGAGUGUGUGGAGGUGCUGGUGGAGGUGUCGGCCGGCCAGCUGUGGGGGGAGAUGGGACGCUGGGCUGUGGUGGCCGCCAUACAGCUGUUAAAGUGUAUUGGUCGGUUUCUGCUGUUAGUGAGAGAGAAAAGUGCCUUGGUGGUGCCGUCCCCUCCUAUCAAGCCCCUGGACCGAAGGAGUGCCACCCGGGCCAGGCAGCGGGCCAUGGCACCCCCCACUGGCCCUGUGUGUUCCGAAGUCGUCCGCCUGCCAAGGAGUGGGCGAGUCAUCCGUACCCUGGCAGCCGCUCCACCCAUCCACCAACGCACCUUCUCCCCACCACAGCCUCCACACACCACCACCAUCACCACCACACAGCAAGGGACCAAGCCAAGACAGCCAGUGUAUCUUUUAGCUGAAUCGCUCCACACCUUGCGGCCUCUGUGUCACCUGAUGGGGCUCUAUCUGUGUGGCAUGGACUCCUGGGCACCCUGGGCACUGGCGCUGGCACUGGACUACACCAGCCUGACCCUGCACAACCAAGCUCCUCUGACAGACAAAGAGAGAAAUGAGUUGGUCCGUCGUCGCCUCUCCCUCCUCUUCUACCUCCUCCGCUCUCCGGCCUACCAGCGGAUCACAAGGAGGAGAUUAAACGGCUGUCUCUCCACCCUAGCAAGGCGCAUUCCACUCCUCCGCUCACUGCUCCACCCCUUAAUGGAGUAUAUCCCACACUGGCAGAGAAUUUAUGCCUAUACGUGGAGUUAGUGAGAGAGAGAGAGAGGAUGUUGUGGAAUUAAAAGUGUGUUGUGUGUGUGUGUGUUUUGGAAGGAAGAGAGAGAGAGAGAGAUGUUGUGGAAUUAAAAGUGUGUUGUGUGUGUGUGUGUGUUUUUGGAAGGAAGAGAGAGAGAG